AUGCAUAUCUAUCCAUGUUGGCCAGGCUGGAGUUCAGAUGGGAAGUGCUUGCUGGGAACUUUAUUGCUUAGAACAUUCAAUUCAACCAGAUGGCACAGUAGCAAAGGACAAGACGAUAUCAAGUGCUGA